AUGGGGUCUGUACAGCUCGAGACGCAUUUUAAGAAGAUCCAGCAAUUCAAAGCAAAUUAUGCCGACGCCACUUUUACUCAGUAUGAGUCUCAGCGCACGGGGCUGCGUGUGGUUGUGGUCGAUCGGAAGGGCCCAAAGGUUUACGGAAACUUUGCAGUAGCUACAGAGAUUCAUGAUGAUUCCGGCUCACCACACACACUCGAACAUCUCUGCUUCAUGGGCUCACGAAAGUACCCCUUCAAGGGUGUACUGGACAAGAUUGCUACCCGAUCAUACUCGGACACCAAUGCGUGGACAGAUGUUUCGGAGACAGUAUACAUACUCUCCACUGCAGGCUGGGAAGGCUUUGCACAGCUGCUACCAAUCUACCUCGACCAUCUUAUUGUUCCUACGCUCACAGAUGCUGCCUGUUAUACUGAAGUUCACCACAUUGAUGGAAAAGGCGAAGAUGCAGGAGUUGUCUAUUCUGAGAUGCAAGGACGACAGAACUUGCAAGGUGAUCUAAUGGAUCUUCAAAUGCGUCGCCUUCUCUAUCCUGAAGGGGAUGGUUUCCGUAUGGAGACUGGUGGCUUGAUGGAAAAUCUACGAGUUUCGACCGCAGAGCGCAUCCGUCAGUUUCAUCGAGACAUGUACCAGCCCAAAAACUUGCGAGUCAUCAUCAUUGGAGAGGUUGACCACCCCAACCUCUUGCAAGUUUUGGAUGCUUUCGAAGACGACAUCAUCGACCGUGUGCCGGCUUACGAUGCGCCGUUCAAGCGCCCAUGGGUGGAGUCUCCGCGUACUCCUGCACUAAGCAAAACCAUAGUUGACACGGUAGAAUUCCCGGAAGAGGACGAGUCGAUGGGAGAGGUCCAGAUCGCCUUCUUGGGCCCAGAGACUACGGACGACCUUGGAGAGACGGCCAUAAAUACCCUGCUCAACUAUCUGGCUGGAUCCUCGGUAUCAGUCCUUGUCAAUACGCUUGUCGAAAAGGAGCAUCUGGCUAGCAUGGUUUACUUUUGGUGCAAAGGCCACUACGAUAUGAUUAUAUGGUGGACUCUCUCAUCAGUGGAGACUGACAAGCUUGCCGAGGCCGAGAAGCGUUUCUUUCAAGUCCUCGAGGAACAUGCCUCUAAACCGCUUGAUAUGAGUUAUUUGAAAGACUGCCUUCACCGCUUCAAACGUCAAACGCGGUACAUGUCGGAGAUUGGUCUUGACGAAUACAAAGACCCAAUCAUCAAGGACCAUGUCUUUGGCGACCGCAAGGGCGUCCACCUCGAAGAUGCCAUGGCUACUCUCGAUGUCUUUGAUACUCUUGACAAGUGGACAGAGGAGGAGUGGCGAGCCUACUUGAAGAAGUGGAUGAUCGAUGCUCACCAUGUCUCGAUCCUUGGCAAACCCUCCAAAGCUCUUUCAGAAAAGAUCAAAUCAGAUGAGAUUGCUCGUGUCAAGGCACAGCAGGAGAAGCUAGGUGAUGAUGGCUUAAAGCGUCUGACACAGAAGCUCAAGGAAGCGCAGGAACAGAACGACAGGCCUAUUCCAGAGGACAUUAUUGCAGGUGUAAAGGUUCCGAGCACCGAGUCGAUUCACUUCUUCGAAACCACUACCGCGCGAUCUGGACUGGCAAAGAAGCUCGGUGUCCCAGAAAAUUCGAUUCAGAAAAUUGUUGACAAGGACGAAAAUGGCCUUCCUCUGUUCAUCCAUUUUGAGCACAUACCAACCUCGUUUGUACACUUUGGAUUGGUGUUAGGUACGGCUACUCUACCAACCGAACUGAAGCCUUUGCUUGGCGUCUACCUAACCAACUUCUUUGCCACCCCCAUCAUGAAAGAUGGCAAGCGCAUCGAAUUCGAGGAAGUCAUUACCAAGCUCGAGCAGGAUACGAUUGAGUACUCGAUGGACCGUGGUACAGAUAUUGGAAGCUCCGAGAUGAUUUACAUUCCUUUCGUUGCGGAAGCCGACAAGUUCGAAACGGUUGUGCUGUGGCUGAGGUCGAUGUUGGUGGACUCAAUCUUCGAUACCGAACGUGUCAUCUCUGCUGUAAAGAAGAUGCUGGCUGAUGUACCUGAGGAGAAGCGCGACGGCAAUUCCAUGAGCUUUGCAGUCGAUCGCAUGAUCCACUACGAUGCUGCCUCAGCUGUCCGCGCAACUGGAACGCUUGUCAAGGGUCUAUACCUCAAGCGUAUCUUAAAGUUGCUCAAGACGGAGCCACAACAGGUUCUCGACAAGCUCGAAGCUCUACGUAAGCACCUACUGACAUUUUCUAACAUGCGUGUUCUCGUAACCGCCAACCUCGAGACUCUACCAAACCCAGUCUCGACAUUCAAGCACCUCACCGAUGCAUUCAAGCCAGGUGCAGAACCAGACAUCAACCCAAUUGACGACAGAAACGUCCUUCUCUCCGACGUCGGACGCAACCCAGGCGGUACCCACUACAUCAUCCCCAUGCCUAUCGACUCGUCUUUCGCCGUCCUGACAUCCAAGGGACCAAAGGGCUACAACAACGCCCAACUCCCCCCUCUCAUGGUCGCACUCGCAUACCUCGACGCAGUCGAAGGCCCCAUGUGGCAAUCGAUCCGCGGCACUGGACUCGCCUACGGCAGCAACUUCUUCCGGGACCCGGAAACAGGGCUCCUCAAAUUCCGCAUCUCAAAGUCGCCAAACGUGUUCGCGGCAUACAACAAAGCCCGGACCGUCGUCCGCGAGUACGGCGACGGCACGCAAACGUUCGAUAAGCUCGAGCUCGAAGGCGCCAUCUCGAGUAUCGUGCGCGACUUUGUCGAUGAGCGCGCCACAAUCGUGGAUGCUGCGCGCAGCUCGUAUAUCGAUCUCGUCACCAGGGGCGUCGGCAAGGACUGGCAAGAUUGGGCGCUGCGUGAAGUGCGUAAGGUGAUGCAGGAGGAUGUACAGAGAAUCCUAAGGGAUGUCGUGGCCAACGUGUUCGAGCCCGAGGAGACGGAUCUCGUCGUUACAUGUGGUGGCAUCAUGACUGAUGGUCUGAAGAAAGAUUUUGAAAAUGCGGGAUUCAAAAUCCAACUCAAGCAGCUCACAGACUUUCAAGAUGCAUAUGGUCUUGAAGGUGAUGAGGAUGAGGAUGACGACGACGAGGAUAUGUCUGGAAGCGAAGAAGAUGAUGAGAGCGGAUCGGAAAUGGAAGAGUAA